AUGGCUUACAUGAGCAUGACACCAGAGGCAGACAGCUUAGUCCUGUUGCGGGACUCUGGGUUUCGGAGGCUCCGGUCCCUGGGCGGUGGGGAAGCCGAACACGGAGCAGGCGACAGCGUGGCGGCCCUGCUCUCCUUGCAGCCUGGAGGAAGCGCAGAGAGGGAAGAGCCAGCGAGGAAGCGGAUUAUGGCCAAAUCAGAGGACCGACCCACUGAAGUUCGAGCCCUCCCACCCUGGCACUUCCCCGGAAGCCCAUCGGCUGGCACCAACCUGUUAGCGCACGCGUGUGGGGCAUGUUCCAAGUGCAAGCCACGACGUGCGAUUUCCACGGCUCUCAAGGGUGCCAAGGGCUGCUACAACAAGCGCCAGAGUGCGUGCUGGAGGCAGAAGUCCAGACCUAAAGGGGAGCAGGACUGGCUCCUGGGCGCGGGAACAAACCUGAGCGAAUGCAUUAUAAAGAGGAAAGCUUCGCUCUGGAUGUGCUUUCAAAAGCUUCUAUCCGCGCUCCAUGAGCCCUCUGCGUUGAGCCGAAGGAGAAAGGACCUUGUCUUUGCUGCCAAGCAGCUGUCAAAGUGGAACGCUAGGACCAGGAAAGAACACGACGCAAAGCUGUUGACCACGAGGCCACAGGAGCGACGUCGCAGAGGUGAAGGCAGCAGGCAGCCAACUCUGGCCCUGCCACACUGCUCUCGGGGCACACGAGCUCCACCGCAGGGCCAGGCAGCGCGCUCGGAGGACCCUUCCAGCGGCCUUCAGAGGCGGGGUGUGUGCAGUCCCUGCCCGGUAGGGUUCAGAGAGGUCAGGACACUCCGUGUUGCCCCACAGCGAGAGAGCCGUCCAGUUGGGGUCCAAGCCAGGCUCUGUCCCUGGACGCUCGGUCCCCGCGGGGAGCCCGCGGGGCCGCGUGCGGAAGGACGGCCUGCGGGUCCCUCGCGGCUGCGGGGCCACCACAGGCCGGCCGGCGGCUUCCCAGGCCGGCUCCAGCGGCGAGG